AGCUCCAAGGUCGGGCCUCGGGAUCCCGAGAUUCGAGAAUGCCGAAAAUUGCGGAAUUCCGUGCGAUACGGGAGUAUCGAGAUCUCGCUCGAAUCCGUCCCAACUUUUCCCCCCGUUCCGAACCCGUAAUCUCGCUGGUACUCGUGCAUCGCUAGUGAAUGGAGAUUCGAAGGGGGAAUAGAAGGCUGCUACUGCGCGUUUCAUAGUCGACCGGUAUUUCCCCCGAUAUUUCCUCGCGGUCUACGAUUCUCGCGUUCGUCUCGAGUACGUGAACCACACCGUUGGCACUGCGAUCGUAGAAAAAAGUGCAAAGCAGUCCAAGUCGAGAAGAUCAACGGAAGAGGAAAGAUCAGAGAAGAGGAUGACGAGAGGAAUCGGUGUUGGCGUUAGUGUCGCGAUACUGGUUGGAGCGAUGUUGUACAGCGGCACCGACGGGCAAACAUACGUGGGCACGGAUUGGUUGAAGGGCCUGUCCCAAAAUAUCGACGCGUUGAACAGGAACAUUCAACAGAAUGUACAUCAGCUGAAUCAACGAAUACAGGAAACGGUGCACGGCAACUUGGCGCAAGUUUAUCGACUGACGGAAAACCUAAACGCGGAAGCAGCUACCGGCCCUGCCUCGGUGCAAGCGAUCGGGGGUAACAACGUUAUUCUAUCGGGACACGAUGGGACGAAGAUCGUUCAUUCUGGUCGCACUUCGGACGGAAAACCAUUUAUCCGCGAGAGCACCGACAAGGUCGUAGGUGAUACUCUUCGACACGUCGAGAGAAUUUACGAUCCUACUACCAACACUUCGAAGGUGCACGGCUAUACUUUGGAUUUGAAGGACCCAGGCGCUAAACCUGUCCCUAUAAACGAUACCGCGUAAACGACGAAGAAUCGGCAAAGAAUCUGCAAAGAAUCGGCGAAGAAUCGGCGAAGAAUCGGCAAAGAAUCGGCGAAGCGCAUCGUUCGACGAGGACGAUAUUUUAAAUAUUCCGCGGAUAUGUAAUCAUGUAACACGAAUAAAUAAACGAAUAUAUAAACGAGUAA